UGUACGAACGUUAGCUGCGGGUUUUUCAAUGGAGCAAAAAAAAGAAAAAUCUUUGCCAGCCUAAAGAAUAGCAAAGGAUAUUUGGAAAUUUCACAUUUUUGUGGCCACACAACACAAGACCAUCAUCAGCCUCAUUAGCACUACCAAUAGUAGACCAUUCUUGUGAGAUUGGCCUGAAGGAGUGCGAGUGUCACAGAGAGUGUUUGUGGUUGUUGUUUUUUUUUUCUAAGUGUGCGGCUGGCCAUCAUUACCCUGUUGUGGUCCUUGUUACGAAUUCCCCCAGAAAAGUGUUAAAGUGCCAAAUGAAGUGAUUGUUCGAAUUGUUAAUUUGCAAAUGGUAGGCAGUCGGUCGGUUGGUCGUUGGGCAGAUACAACAACAACUACUACAACUACAACUGCUAAACAGCCUGUGUUCUAAACAUUUAGCUUAACUUACUUAUUGCCAUCUUUGGCGGAAAUUGUGCCUGAUUUGUCAAACGGAAACGGAAAUCGAAACAUUUUGAAAUUAUUUGCAACAGGAAACAGUGUGAAAUUCGAUUUUAACGCGAGCACAGAACAGGUGUCCUUUUCCUGUUUAUUUUCCUUUUUGCAUUUUUCGGUUUUUUUUACGCUUUCGCCACUGAGAUUCUUGGGGCCCUGUUUAAACACUACUUAACGCUGCGGAUGAUGGUCCAAUUUCGGGAGUAUUUAUUUAUAGAAGUGUAAACACGUUAUUUCGUUUUUGUUCUUGUUGUUGUUGUUGCUGUUGUGAGGAGACAACAACGCGGCUAAAUGUUAUGCCUUCAAUUCAUGUGGAACUUAAUGGCAGUCUCUUAAAAGUUCAUGUGUUCAUGGGGUAUUUUUAGGCAGCAGACUGGCUGGCACAACAUUGACCCAAUAACAACAACAACAAACUAAGCUGCAACAGUUGCUCGAAUCGAACAGGAUAUUACAUGGCAUUUAAUCAGCAACCAUUGAAGAUGAAAUUAUCCAGAACUUUCCAUGGCCUACAUUAGUUGAAACUCUGUGCAUUUGCUGUAACUGCUGUUAGGGAAUAAUGACAAUGAGACCUUCCAGUGACAUGGAGGAUUUUGAGUUAUCCUCCACGGAAAUCGAUAAUAAAACCGAUUCGAUAUACUCAAUAAAACCUGAUUUCAUAACACAAUGGCGCCUUAAAAAGGAACGAGAAAAUCUCUGCAAAUCCAUUUACAAUCGUUUUGUGGAACCAAACGAAUGCAAGCGACUGCUAAAAGCGGCACAACUCUAUCGACCUUUUAUUGGAGAAAAUGGAGAGUUGAAUUUAUGGACGAGUGAUGAUUUGCAGAGAUUAGCAGCAUUUGUAAAUGGCACCACGAAUAGUACAAGUGUCUAUGGCAAUGACGGCAAUGAGAGUGAAGGUCCCGCCCUGGUGUUGCCUCCCUUUGAACUGUGGCAGACCAUAGCCAUAGCAGUGUGCCUAGCGAUUUGCAUUAUCUUGACGGUGGGAGGCAAUAUUUUGGUAUUGUUGGCCUUUAUAGUGGAUCGGAAUAUAAGACAGCCUAGCAAUUAUUUCAUAGCUUCGUUGGCAGCCACGGAUAUGCUGAUAGGAACCGUCUCCAUGCCCUUCUACACAGUCUAUGUACUCAUGGGCUAUUGGGAUCUGGGACCCUUGCUCUGCGACCUAUGGCUUUCGGUGGACUACACAGUGUGCCUGGUCUCCCAGUACACAGUGUUGCUGAUAACCAUCGAUCGCUAUUGUUCGGUUAAAAUAGCAGCUAAAUAUCGCAGCUGGCGCACCAAAAGGAGAGUCAUCUACAUGGUCACCAUCACCUGGAUAAUACCUGCACUGCUGUUCUUCAUCUCCAUCUUUGGUUGGGAACAUUUUACGGGCAAACGUGAUCUGCUGCCGGGUCAGUGUGCUGUGCAAUUCCUUAAGGAUCCCGUCUUUAAUACGGCCCUCAUCAUUGGCUAUUAUUGGACAACGCUGAUAGUGCUGUUCGUUUUGUAUGGUGGCAUCUAUAAGACGGCCUAUGAAAUGCAAAAGCGCAGCGAAGCCAAACAACGCAAAAUGCAAUCAAUGGUGGCCCUCAGUGCGGGAGCCAUGUCCGGCAUGGCGGGCCAUGCGGCCGGCAUAGGGGCCAUAGAGGAGAAAAUUCUCAAAACCAAAGUCGACAUGGAGGACAAUACAGGCUGUGAUCAAGCGGGGGGCGUGGGAGGCGGUAAGCGCUACAGUGGCUCGGGCCAGGCCAAUCCCUUGGCCCAGGCGGCCGAUAUUAUCAAUGGCACCCUUACCGAUGGUCCCGAGGAACAACGACGCAUUUCCGAUGGCCUUGCCAAGGGCAACAAUAACAAGGGCUCCAAAACCGAUUCGGGCGAGGUGGAGAAGUCGGAGCGCUCCAGCAGCCCUGCCUUCGAUUCGGACGAGGAGAGUUCGGUGAAUCAGGCCCAGCAGCUAAUCAACCAACAGAAAAUGUCGAACUUACGCAAACGGUCUUCCAUAGGGCUCGUUUUCGGGGCCCAGGCGGCGCUACUGGCAACACGCUCCAAAGGUUUGUGUACCCCCACCUCCAAAUCCACAGAAGCCGUGGCCUUAUCCUCAGGCGCCAGCUCUCCCCAUCCCUCCAGUCACAGGGGUAUGGAGAGGGCGCAAAGCAAGGAGGAGAUCAGUCGCCCGCCACCCAUGGACAAAUCGAAAAGGACCUCAUGUGCCACUUUGUCGCAAAUUGUCGAAACCGAACGUGGUUCGGAAACGCAAACAGCAGCAGCUGCUGCACUGAAAACCUCCUCGCAACCCUCCACACCCAAAGCACCCCCCAAUGAUGAGUCUCCACUUUCCCCCGUCAACUUGGCCCCCAUUGUGGUGCCGCGCGACCAAAUUCAAGUGGGACUGGUGCAUGCCAUUUUACCUCCUCCCGAACCAUUUCAGUCCAGCUCCCUGUUCUCGGAUGGCUCGGAUAAUCCCAGCAGCAACAGUGAAUUGCAGCUCAACACCUACGAUGUGAUGGCCAAUAAUUCGGAGUUACGUUUCAUGGAUGAGAGUUCCAUAGCCAUGACCCCACCCACUUCCGCAAAUUAUCAAAACUCCUUUCAGCUGCAGCUCAGCAAGCAACAGCCAACCCAUCCCUCAACAACAUCAACAACAACAACCACAAAACUCACAAGUGCCGGCAGUCCGCAGUUGAAUGCCAAUCAAAUUGUCAGCAGCCCAACUUUGUUAAGUCAAGCUUUGCAAAAAGUUGCUCAAAAUCCCACAACCAUUAACCCCAACACCACCACUUCCAGAGUCCCCACCAAAGCAGUGGCAAAUAGCUGUGCACCUGCCUCACAAGGUGAUGAUGGCGCCCCCCAUCUCCAAUCCACCACAACAGAUAUUUAUUUUGCUCCCCCCUCCCACAGUGUUGAAGCACCCCUUGCGAAUGAUAUUGAAAUUGAAAAACAUUUACUUGUCUCCUAUACAGGUCUGGAGGAUUUUGAUAAGGAGCGUCGGGAGAGCUGCAUUGAUGUCAUGUUAUUUCCGCGCCACAGCAGUGCCGAUGGCGUGCUGCUGCAAUACAGCUCCAAGGGGCAACAGAUGGCGACGGCGGCGGCGACGGCAGUGGCUACAAGGAAUGGUGUCAACCUUACAACAAACACCAACAACAACACCAAUACAUCAGCAUCAGCUUUAAGGACACAAGGCAAUAAGCAACAGGUUGUUAGCACAGUGGCCAAAGCGGCCACAACAACAACAAACACAACAGGGAUGUCAGCGACGGCGACGACAUUGACGACCACAAACACCAACACCUGCACUUCACAAGCAACGUCGUUGUCGUCUACGCUGCCUCAUCGACCUCCGCCGGUGAUGACCUCAAAGAGUUUGGACAAAAUCGAUGAGCGAGAAACCUCGGAUACCACCACCACCAAUAAAAUGGCUUCCACAUCGGGUACAAGUUCCGGCUCAACCAGUCACAACCAAACGAAUCCCUCAACACAACCACCACCCGCACCCCAGCGGCAGUCUAGCUCGCUGAAACUGCAAAAGAAAUCCCAUCAUCAGCUGCAGCAUCAGCAGACUUCGAGCAGUAGUCGCUCGUCCAGCAAGCGAGACUUUAUGCACUCCAUCAGCAAACAUUUCAAAAGUAAAAAGGCCACCAUACCCCUGGUCAUAGGUGUGGGUAGGCAAAAAUCCAAAUCGGAGAAUAGGGCACGCAAAGCCUUUCGCACCAUCUCCUUUAUUUUGGGCUGCUUUGUGGCCUGCUGGACACCGUAUCAUGUGUUGGCCCUCGUCGAGGGUUUCUGCCGUGAUCCACCGUGUACCAAUGAACACCUGUACAUGUUUUCGUAUUUCCUGUGUUAUGCCAACAGUCCCAUGAAUCCAUUUUGUUAUGCCCUGGCCAAUCAGCAAUUUAAAAAGACAUUUACCAGGAUACUUAAAGGAGAUUGGCACAUGACUUAAGUAGGCCUUUUGUUAACAGACACACACC